AUGUGGGAGGAUGUUUGGCAUGAAGCAAACAAACCGAAAAGAAUUCGAAAGCCAAAACGUAUGCAUUCAGAACAGAAUAUGGACUAUAUUGGCCUGCUCAAGCGCUUGUACGGUAUGAAGUAUCCGCCAAUAAUGUGGAACCAGACCAGCGAUUUGGCAGAAGUCAAAACGCAAGAAGUACGAGGUCGAUCAGUGCAUUUACAUCAAGAGGACCGACCACGACAUGCGCUUUGUGGUACUCUAUAA